AUGGAUGCCCGUGAGCUUAUACCGGGAGCCGCGGAAGGUGAACUUGUCGCAAGUAAGGUCGCCCUCAGUUUCUGGGGAGGGGUGGAUCCCACAAAUGGCGUUGUUAUUGAUAGCCAUCAUCCACUGGUCGGAAAGUCAGUUGCUGGAAAGAUACUCGCGAUUCCCAGUGGCCGUGGCUCAUGCACAGGGAGCGGCGUCAUUCUUGAAUUGCUGCUGAAUGAAAACGCGCCAUGCGCACUCAUCUUUGGGCGCGAGGAGAUGAUCUUGACAAUCGGAGUUCUCGUCGCUCAGGAGAUGUUUCAGAAGAGCAUUCCUGUCUUACAGAUACCGAUGUCGUCAUUUGACAGGCUUUUACAACUUGAUCGCCUCCGAGUUUCUGAGGGUCAAAUUCAAUCCGGAGGCUCCCUGCGUGCUGCAGUGCCCAGCCAUCCAACUGCAUUGUGCCCACCUCUUCGGCAACCCGACUUCUCCGCAGUCCACUUGACCCCAUUCGACCAUGAGUUACUCGAAGGCAUACAUGGCCAGGCUGCCCAGGUGGCCAUACGGGUUAUUCUCCGCAUCGCGCAGAUUCAUGGCGUAACGGAGCUGAUAGAUGUGAAACAAGCGCAUAUCGACUGCUGCAUUUACACAGGCCCUGCAACAUUGGAAUUCGCUCGGAAAUUGUGCAAAAUGGGCGCCAAAGUCCGCAUUCCCACCUCUCUGAACUCUAUUUCCAUCGACAGGCGCCUAUGGCGCUCACAGGGAGUCGAUCCUGGCCUUGGGGAGUCUUCCGAACAGCUGGCAGACGCUUACCUGGAGAUGGGCGCGCAGCCAACAUUUACAUGCGCCCCUUAUCUUCUAGAGAGUGCUCCGAAAGCAGGCGAGAAUAUUAUGUGGGCUGAAUCUAAUGCCGUGGUCUUCGCCAAUAGCGUCCUGGGUGCGAGGACCAUCAAAUGUCCGGAUUACCUGGAUGUGUGUGUUUCUUUGACCGGCCGAGCGCUCAACACCGGCUGCCAUAUAACCGAGAACCGCAAAGCUCGGGUUGAAAUCGACUUCGCACCUGUGCGGGAUACCGAUGAUACGCUGUUUCCGCUCCUUGGAUACCUUGCCGGUGACAUUGCCGCCGAUUCUGUACCUAUCAUUACCGGACUGGAAAAAGAAGCGGUUACCAUGGACGACCUGAAGGCAUUUGGCGCAGCUUUUGCAACAACCUCCAGUGCACCUAUGUUUCACAUUGCUGGAAUUACAAUUGAGGCUCGUAGCCCCCCGGAUAUUGCAUCUCACCUGAAGGAUACGUUGAAAGUGACGAUCCCACUUGCUGAGCUGACAAGGCAAUGGCGUCGAUUCAGCCCUUGUGAAGAAGGCAAAUCUUCCACUGCCAUUGACCUCAUAUCACUUGGAAAUCCUCACAUGUCAUACGAUGAGAUCGCAAAGCUUGUACAGCUGUGUGCGGGCCGCAAGAAAGAUGAGAUGACUACGCUGGUGGUGACAUGCAACCGCGACACAUAUUCUAGGGCUGCCAAGGACAACUACAUCACGGCCUUGGAUGACUUUGGUGCUCAGAUUUUGACUGACACUUGCUGGUGCAUGAUACAAGAACCAGUUAUACCACCACAUACACGAACGAUCGUGACAAAUUCGGCCAAGUAUGCCCACUACGGGGAAGGGUUGACCGGUCGGAAGGUUUGGCUUAGAAGUCUCGCACAAUGCGUGGAUGCUGCGUGCUCAGGUUUUAUCCAUAAUUCACUACCUGCCUGGCUUGUUGGCAAAGUCAUUCCAUAG